UGUAAAGUUUUGGGCGGAGAACUGUUACUAUCUAAGUAGAAGCAUCAAGACAUUUAUACAUUUCAUAGAUUUUUUUGGACUUCCAGAAGCGGAAAAUGUCGGGAGUAGCAUCUGCCCUGGCAAAGAAGAGAGCGCAGGCUGCAGGCUUCGGAACAAACGCCAAUGCCAUUAAAUAUCUGAACCAAGACUUUGAGGCGCUCAGGAGGCAAUGCCAGAGCAACGGGACCCUGUUCAUAGACCCGACUUUCCCAGCCGCACCCGAAUCUCUUGGCUUUAAAGAACUCGGAGCUAGCUCUUCCAAAACCAGAGGAACAGAAUGGAAAAGACCAGGGGAGCUGUGCUCAAAUCCUGAAUUCAUUAUCGGUGGAGCCACAAGAACGGAUAUUUGUCAAGGAGCACUAGGUGACUGCUGGCUGCUAGCGGCCAUAGCCUCUCUUACUCAAAAUGAAGAUGUUUUGGCAAGAGUGGUGCCUAGCGGGCAAGAUUUUGCUAGCAACUAUGCAGGAAUCUUCCAUUUUCAGUUUUGGCAGUUUGGCGAGUGGGUGGAUGUUGUCAUUGAUGACCGGCUGCCGGCGAAAAACGGAGAGCUGCUGUUUGUUCACUCCGCAGAGGGGAACGAGUUCUGGAGCGCCCUGCUGGAAAAAGCCUAUGCUAAAGUAAAUGGCUGUUAUGAAGCUCUGUCUGGAGGUUCUACCAGUGAGGGCUUUGAGGAUUUCACCGGGGGCAUCGCUGAGAACUACGAUCUGAGUAAAGCACCCCCAAACAUGUUCCAGAUCAUUAAGAAAGCCCUGGAGUCUGGAGCUUUACUGGGAUGCUCCAUCGAUAUCACAAGCGCUGCUGAUUCAGAAGCUGUCACUCGCCAGAAGCUGGUGAAAGGCCACGCAUACUCUCUUACAGGGGCUACUGAGGUGAACUAUCGCGGGCAAAAGGAGAAGCUGGUCCGCAUGCGGAACCCCUGGGGUCAGGUGGAGUGGACCGGGGCUUGGAGUGAUAAUUCGUCUGAAUGGAACAGUGUGGAUCCAUCAGAGCGACCAGACAACAGAGCUGAGGACGGCGAAUUCUGGAUGUCCUUCUCAGAAUUCCAACGGAAUUAUUCUCGUAUAGAGAUCUGCACGCUGACCCCAGACACCAUUACGAGUGAUUCUGUAAAACACUGGGCGGUUAAUAACUUCGACGGCACAUGGAGAAAAGGCUCCACUGCUGGUGGCUGCCGAAAUAAUGCUUACACAUUCUGGAUGAAUCCUCAGUAUGUGAUUAAAUUGAAUGAGGAGGAUGAUGAUCCAGAGGAUAAUGAGGUGGGGUGUAGUUUUGUUAUUGGACUGAUUCAGAAGAACCGGCGGCGCCUCCGGAAAGUCGGGGAGGACAUGCACACUGUCGGCUUUGCUAUCUACGAGUUACCUCCACAGUUUCACGGACAGAGGGACGUGCACCUGGAUAAGAAUUUCUUCUUGUCACAUGCACAGAAAGCUCGCUCUGAGACUUUCAUUAACCUGAGAGAGGUAUGCACACGCUUCAAACUGCCGGCCGGAGAGUACCUCAUCGUACCAUCCACCUACGAACCCCAUAAGGACGGAGACUUCUGCCUGCGCGUGUUUUCCGAAAAACAGACUGAGACAUUACCAUGUGAUGACCCUGUGGAGGCCGACUUACCGGAUGAGACCGUGUCGGAUGGCGAGGUUGAUUCUGGGUUCAGGGGUCUGUUCACAAAACUAGCCGGAGCUGACAUGGAAAUCUCAGCCACAGAGCUCCAGACCAUUUUAAACAAAAUAAUCGCAAAACGAAAUGACAUAAAAACAGAUGGCUUUAGCAUGGAGACGUGUCGAACCAUGGUGAACCUUAUGGACGGCAGCAGCAAUGGGAAACUUGGUCUGGGAGAGUUUGCUACCCUUUGGAAGAAAGUGCAGAGAUAUCUUGGAAUCUAUAAGAAGACUGACAUGGAUGACUCUGGGACCAUGAGCACUCCGGAGAUGCGUAUGGCUCUUAAGGAAGCGGGUUUCCGUCUUAAUAACACUAUCUAUCAGCAACUGGUGGCACGUUAUGCUGAGCCAGACAUGACCAUGGACUUUGAUAACUUUGUGGCCUGCCUCAUGCGUCUGGAGAUGAUGUUCCGGAUUUUCAAGACACUUGAUCCCCACCAAACUGGCUUCAUUGAGCUUGACUUUCAGCAGUGGCUGAACUUCACUAUGAUUUAAAUAUCCAGUCACCAGGCCACGCCAUUCAUGGACAUAUGAAUAGGAUGACAUGAUUUAAUUAAUAAAGAUGGGUAUUUACUAUACUUUUAUACAUGAACUGUAUUCGGCACUUUUUGUCUGUCUUUCAUCCAAAGUGUUGCAUGAUUUUAUGUGCUUGUGCCACGCUUUGUGUUUACAAAUGGCAAUUUGAUGAACCACUAUGCAAUAAAAAAUAGUGUAUGUAUUGUUAUUUGUUCCCAAAGUACACUAUUAAACACUUUUUAAACUC